ACAACUACUGCUGAUACUACGACAACUACUGCUCCUACAAAAACUACAGCUGAUACUACGACAACUACUGCUGAUACUACGACAACUACUGCUCCUACAACAACUACUGCUGAUACUACGACAACAACUGCUGAUACUACGUCAACUACUGCUCCUACAACAACUACUGCUCCUACAACAACUACUGCUCCUACAACAACUACUGCUCCUACAACAACUACUGCUCCUACGACAACUACUGCUCCUACGACAACUACUGCUCCUACGACAACUACUGCUCCUACGACAACUACUGCUGAUACUACGACAACAACUGCUGAUACUACGUCAACUACUGCUCCUACAACAACUACUGCUGAUACUACGACAACAACUGCUGAUACUACGUCAACUACUGCUCCUACAACAACUACUGCUCCUACAACAACUACUGCUCCUACAACAACUACUGCUCCUACAACAACUACUGCUCCUACAACAACUACAGCUGAUACUACGACAACUACUGCUCCUACAACAACUACUGUUGAUACUACGUCAACUACUGCUCCUACAACAACUACUGCUACGACAACUACUGCUGAUACUACGACAACUACUGCUCCUACAACAACUACUGCUGAUACUACGACAACAACUGCUGAUACUACGUCAACUACUGCUCCUACAACAACUACUGCUCCUACAACAACUACUGCUCCUACAACAACUACUGCUCCUACAACAACUACUGCUCCUACGACAACUACUGCUCCUACGACAACUACUGCUCCUACGACAACUACUGCUGAUACUACGACAACAACUGCUGAUACUACGUCAACUACUGCUCCUACAACAACUACUGCUCCUACAACAACUACUGCUCCUACAACAACUACUGCUCCUACAACAACUACAGCUGAUACUACGACAACUACUGCUCCUACAACAACUACUACUACGACAACUACUGCUCCUACAACAACUACUGUUGAUACUACGUCAACUACUGCUCCUACAACAACUACUGCUCCUACAACAACUACUGCUCCUACAACAACUAGUGCUCCUACAACAACUACAGCUGAUACUACAACAACUACAGCUGAUACUACAACAACUACAGCUGAUACUACAACAACUACAGCUGAUACUACAACAACUACAGCUGAUACUACAACA